CAACACAGCCGUCGGCUCAUCUAUCUGACGUCCUGCCUGCGCUUCUUGAAGCCCAUCGCACGCCCACCUGCACACACACAAACGACACACCCGUCGGCGUGGCGCCACGCACUGACCAGCCAUCUUGAUGUCUCACCCUGGCCCUUGCUGCCCCGUUUCCUCGAUCCGAGAAAUCCCUCCCCAGCAGAAGUGGGCACCGACUGAGUGCUCCUCAGCACAUCGCGAGACUGACCGAUCCACACACAACACAUAAGACACCCCAACACAAACACAUCAAAUGCAGCCAUGGGGACGGUCUGGCCUACCUUCUCAGUGGCCGCGAGGUAGUCGCCGAGCGCCCCUCCCCUCUUGUUUGAUGGACCGGUCUUCUUUCCCCUGCUGCCUCUGACCCGCUGUGACGCCCCACUGCCUGCCAUGGCGAUGGUGCUGUCGGCGAGGCUCGUCAGGUCCGACAGCAGCAUCCCGGUGCUGUCACGAGAGAGCUUGCCCUUCUCGCGCAGACGCUUCAAAUCUGCCCAAGGAGACACACACACACACACACACACGGGUGUUGUGUGGUGGACUGGCGGCAUGUGCGUACCUCUUUUUUCCUUUUUGUUGAUUUGUAUGCGUCUGAAGCUCUCCUCCUCUAUCUGCUGCCUUUCCACCUGCCGCCUCAUCAGCGCGGCCGCCUCGGCGUCACGACGCAAAUCGGACCCGCCGACCUCCUCAGGCACCUGCAGCCAGACACAGACACGCAGACACACACACACACACAUGAGUAGGAGUUCGGUGUGUGUGUGUGUGUGUGUUUACGUCAGAGAUUUCUUGUCUGAGUGAGCGGACGUAUUCGGUCUUUUUGAGCCUCUCCCUCUGCCUGUCCGCCUCGCGAUGCGCCUUGGCAGCUGCCGACAACUGAGACAAGACAGCCAUGGCACAUGGGAGGUCGACAAUAGCCAACCGCUGCAUGCCGUGGUUUUGCUGUGUGUGCGCACUGCACGUACGUGGUCGCCCGUGUACUCGACAGCCAGAAGCUUCGGCGGCUUGUAGACGCCCUUGGCAGCCACCUCUCCCUCUCCCUCUCCGUCUUCCGCAGGCACCUCCCCUCCGCCCUCCUGCUCAUCGCUCUGCUCCAUUGGCUCUUCGUCGGCUUCAUUUGGAUUCAUCAGCUGGUCCAGCCAGGGCCUCAGCGGCUGCGCAGCCUCACUGGCCGCCUCUGACAUACACACACAUACACGAUUUCGUUGUUGCGUGUGGGGUGGGUGCAUUGUGCGUGGCUGAGUCGAGUCACCUUGGAUUGGUUUGGCGGCCAUGUCGAGCAGUCUGUUGAC